GGAAAGUGGUGUACUCGUAGCUAUUUAUAGUUUAGUAUACUGCUGUGUACUAUUUUUUUUCUUGGAAGUUCACUAUGAUGGUUAGUGAAAAAUCGCCCACAACCAGAUUAAAACUGAACUAUUAUAGAACCAGAGGUCCAUAGCGAGUAAGUGCGAGAAUGGCAAGUCAGGAGGGAUACUUUUCAAUCCAGAUAUUUUUUAUUAUUCUAAGGGAAACCUUAGAAACAGCCAUCAUCAUCUCGGUAUUAUUAUCGUUCAUCAAACAACGAUCUCAUCUGAAACCACAUCCUCCUCAGGAUACUUCAUCUUCAGUUUCAAUUUCAACUUCGACUAGUCAUAGUCAUAGCCAAAUUCAUCGAGCAACUCAUCUUGAAAAAGUUCAAAGAAAGCUCAAGUUACAAGUGUGGUUGGGUGCUAUAUUGGGAUUAUUUAUAUGUUUAAUUAUUGGGUUAGUAUUUAUUAUAUGUUUCUAUUAUAUUGGGAAAGAUUAUUGGUUUUAUGCGGAAAGAAUUUGGGAGGGGACCUUUUCGUUACUUUCUAGUGUUGUUAUAACAAUUAUGGGGAUAGGGUUGUUAAGAAUCAAUAAAGUUAUGAAGGUUAAGUGGUGGAUCAAAUUGAGUCAUUCAUAUCAUUCUAAUGAUUCUCAUGGUGAAGAUGAAGAAGGCGAAGAAGAAAUUGCUAAAUUGGGAGAUGAUGAUCAAGAAGAAAAUCAAGAUCCAGAAGAAAAUCAAAAUCAAAAUCAAAAUCAAAAUCAAAUAGUUAGUUCAGAAAGUGAGAUCUCUUUCAGAAGAGCUUCAGAUGGUGCUAAUGGUGAGGUGGAAGAAUCUACUUCAUUAAUUAAUCGUAUACCUUUAAGAAAAUCAUCGAGAAAGUCUUUAAGCCAUAGACACAGACAAUCGUUUGGUAAAAAGUAUUUCUUGGCCCUUUUACCUCUUGUAACUACCUUAAGAGAAGGUUUAGAGGCUGUAGUAUUUAUAGGAGGAAUGGGUAUGUCUUAUUCUCCCUCUGCUAUUGCAUUCUCCAUUGUAGCUGGAAUAUUGGUUGGAUCAUUUAUUGGUUACUUAUUAUAUCAAGGAGGUAAUAAAAUGUCCUUACAAUAUUUCCUCAUUUGUCUGACAUGUUUCCUUUAUUUAGUUAGUGCUGGUUUAACUAGUAGAGGAGUAUGGUUUCUUGAAUUAGAGAGAUAUGUUCAAUUAUGUGGAGGUGUAGAUGUUAGUGAAACUGGUAGUGGUCCAGGAUCAUAUGAUAUCUCCAAUAGUAUUUGGCAUGUAAAUUGUUGUGAUGGUCUCAAAGAUGGCUGGUGGAUGGUUUUUAAUGCUAUUUUAGGUUGGACUAAUUCUGCAACUUAUGGUAGUGUAAGUUCAUAUUUAUUAUAUUGGAUAGCUGUAAUCUCCUGGUUAGAAAUCAAAUUAUAUGAAGAAAGAACUGGUAAGUUACCUUUAAUUCCUAUCAAAUGGCAAUUGAAAAGAAUAAGAAAGAAGCUCAAAUUGUAUGAAGCAUUCCAUCAUCAUAAUGCAUCAGUAGAAUCAAACCAUUCUCCCGAGUCGGAGUAUAGUGAAGAAGACAGUGAGGCGCAAGUCUUAUUAGCAUAAAUACUGGUAGUACAUACAUUAUUUAUUAUAUCAUUAACGUUUGAUUU